AAAUAAAGGCAUAUUGACCAUGCCUAGCUCAAUGAACCCUCUUGUUGUUGGACGUGUAAUAGGAGAUGUUUUAGAGCCUUUUGCAAGUUCUGUCUCUAUGAGAGUUGUCUACAACAAUAACAAAGAUGUCAUGAACAGUGCUGAGCUCAAACCCUCCCAAAUAAUCAACCCUCCAAGAGUCGAGGUUGGUGGAAAUGACCUCAGGACCCUUUACACCCUGGUCAUGGUGGACCCUGAUGCACCAAGCCCAAGUGACCCAAAUAUGAGGGAAUAUCUACACUGGUUGGUAACCAAUAUUCCAGCGACUACAGGGGCAACCUUUGGAGAAGAGGUUGUGAGCUAUGAAAGUCCAAAACCAACAUCAGGGAUUCAUCGUAUAAUUUUUGUGUUGUUUCGUCAACCGUGUAGACAACCUAUACCUGCACCAGGAUGGCGUCAAAAUUUCAUCACUAGAGAUUUUGCAGAGUUUUACAAUCUUGGAUUACCAGUUGCAGCUGUCUAUUUCAAUUGUCAACGACAAGGUGGUUCUGGGGGAAGGAGAAUUAUGUAAUCUUAUCUAAUAUAUAUAUAUAUAUAUAUAUAUAUAUC